GGUCUCCCGUCCCGGGUGGAGGAGCUGUGUCCGGACCUGCCGGACCUGGAGCGCCUCAUGGGUGACAUCGGUGGCCUGGCGGACUCGGGGGCUCGCUACACGGAGAUGCCACACGUCAUCGAGGUGACCCUGCCCAUGCUGUGCCAUUACCUGCCCCGCUGGUGGGAGCGCGGCCCCGAUGCCACCCCCCAGGGCCCCUGGGCCACCGACGUCACCAGCCACCACCUCAACGCCCUCCUGGGCCACAUCCUGCACAUCGUGGUCAACAACCUGGGCAUCGACGAGGCCUCCUGGAUGAAGAGGCUGGCGGUGUUUGCCCAGCCCAUCGUGAGCAAGGCCCGGCCCGAGCUGCUGCGCUCUCACUUCAUCCCCACGCUGGGGCGGCUGCGGAAGCGCGCGGGGAAGGUGGUGGCCGAGGAGGAGCAGCUGCGGCUCGAGGGCAAGGCCGAGGCCGAGGACGCCGAGCUGCUCAUCCGGGACGAGUUCUCGGUGCUGUGCCGGGACCUGUACGCGCUGUACCCGCUGCUCAUCCGCUACGUGGACAACAGCAGAACCCCAGCCCCAGGUGUUCCCAUCUCACCCAACCCUCCUGGUGUGUCCUUCCACGUCCCCAGCACUGUCCCCAACGAUGUCCCCACGUCCCUAACGUCUGGAGAUGCUCAGGGCGCUGGCUCGGAGCAGGAGCGCUCCAAGAAGCGCCGCCGGGGCGAUCGUUACUCCGUGCACACCUCGCUCAUCGUGGCCACCCUCAAGAAGAUGCUGCCCAUCGGCCUCAACAUGUGCUCGCCCGCCGACCAGGAGCUCAUCGCGCUGGCCAAGGGCCGCUACGCCCUGAAGGACACGGACGAGGAGGUUCGGGAGUUCCUGCACAACAACCUGCACCUGCAGGACAAGGUGGAGAACACGGGCUCUGCCCGCUGGCAGAUGGCCCUGGUGCGCCAGGCCGGGCGGGACGAGGACCCCGACAGCCCCGAGCAGGUGGUGCGCAGGGUGCAGGAGGUGUCGGCCGUGCUCUACCACCUGGAGCAGACGGAGCACCCCUACAAGUCCAAGAAGGCCGUGUGGCACAAGCUCCUGUCCAAGCAGCGCCGCCGCGCCGUCGUCGCCUGCUUCCGCAUGACCCCCCUGUACAACCUGCCCAGGCACCGUGCCUGUAACAUGUUCCUGGAGUCGUACCGGCUCUCGUGGCUGGCCCGGGAGCAGCCGCCCUUCGAGGACAGGAUGAUCGACGACCUCUCGGUGACGCCGCUGUCCCCGUGUCCCCCCCGUGUCCCCCCAGGGGAGAAGGUGAUGUCGGACGAUGAAUUCACCCAGGACCUGUUCCGGCUGCUGCAGCUGCUCUGCGAGGGCCACAACAACGAUUUCCAGAAUUACCUGAGGACACAGACGGGGAACACGACCACCAUCAACAUCAUCAUCUGCACUGUGGAUUACCUGCUGCGCCUGCAGGAGUCCAUCAGUGACUUCUACUGGUACUACUCGGGCAAGGACGUCAUCGACGAGCAGGGCAAGAGGAAUUUCUCCAAGGCCAUGGCCGUGCCCACCCCGUGGAACGUGGUGAACGGGACCAUCGCUCGGCAGAUGGUGGACAUGCUGGUGGAGUCCUCCAGCAACGUCACCAUGAUCCUCAAGUUCUUCGACAUGUUCCUCAAGCUGCGCGACAUCGUCUCGUCCGACGCCUUCCGCCACUUCGUCACCGACCCGCGGGGCCUCAUCUCCAAGAAGGAUUUCCAGAAGGCCAUGGACAGCCAGAAGCAGUACGAGCCCGACGAGAUCCAGUUCCUGCUCUCGUGCUCCGAGGCCGACGAGAACGAGAUGAUCGACGUGGAGAGCUUCGCGCAGCGCUUCCAGGAGCCGGCGCGCGACAUCGGCUUCAACGUGGCCGUGCUGCUCACCAACCUGUCGGAGCACGUGCCGCACGACCAGCGCCUCAAGACCUUCCUGGAGCAGGCCGAGAGCAUCCUGGAUUAUUUCCGGCCCUUCCUGGGCCGCAUCGAGAUCAUGGGGGCGGCGCGGCGCAUCGAGCGCAUCUACUUCGAGAUCAGCGGCGCCAACAAGGCGCAGUGGGAGAUGCCGCAGGUGAAGGAGUCCAAGCGCCAGUUCAUCUUCGACGUGGUCAACGAGGGCGGCGAGGCCGAGAAGAUGGAGCUGUUCGUGAAUUUCUGCGAGGACACCAUCUUCGAGAUGCAGAUCGCCUCGCGCAUCUCCGAGGAGGAGGCGCCGCGCGACGACGAGGAGGAGGAGGACGAGGACAGGGAGGAAGAGGAGCCGGCCGGGCCGGAGGCGCCGGCGUCGGCGUUGCCGGGGCUGGGCGUGCUCAGGAGGGUGCUGGGGUCGCCCCAGACGUGGCGCAGGAGGAUGAGGAGGCUGAGGAAGAAGUCGGGGCGGGAGCUGGCGUGGGAGGCCGGGCUGGGCGUGGGCCGCGUGGCCGUGGGGGGCGUGCUGGGGGGUUUGGGGGUGCUGGCGGUUUUGGGGCGCCUGGCCUGGAGCUCGCUCUUCGGGGGGGGCUUGGUGGAAGGGGCGCAGCGCUUGGGGGUCAUGGAGGUGCUGGGCUCCAUGCCCGACCCCACCCAGGAUGCCGUGGGGGGUGGGGGUGAGGCCGGGGGCGGCGAGGAUGAUGAGGGGCGACCCCCCGAGGGGGAGCAGCCCCCCGAGGCGCAGCUGGAGGCGGCGGCUGAGGUGGAGGGGGAGGAGGAUGAGGAGGAGCAGGAGCAGAGGAAGGAGGUGAAGGCGGCGCCGGCGGGGCCGGGGCUGCGCAAGGAGCCCCAUUUCAGACUGGCGGCCCCCGACGCUCCCGGGGGGCUCGGGGAUAUCGGGGAACCCCCCGGGGCUGAGCCCCCCACCCCUGAGGGGACCCCGAUCCUGCGCAGGAAGAUCGGGGAAAUGGCAGAGCAGGUUGGGGAGGUGCAGAAAGAGGAGGAGCCCCCGGCCGAGACCGAGAAAGCCGACACAGAGAACGGCGAGAAGGGACCCGAGGGGCCCGAGGGGGGCUCGGAGCCCAGGCCCCCCCCCCCAAAACGGCGCAAAUCGGUGCCCAGGGAGCGCCGGGAGCCCCCGGCCGAGGGGGGCUUCGACUUCUGGGGAGAGCUGGAGGUGCAGAGGGUGAAAUUCCUGAAUUACCUGUCCCGGAAUUUUUACAACCUGCGGUUCCUGGCGCUGUUCUUGGCCUUCGCCAUCAACUUCAUCCUCCUCUUCUACAAGGUGUCCGAGCACCCCCCGGGAGCCCCGGAGGAGCCCGAGGGCUCGGGGGUGGCCCCGGAGGAGGACGGGGGUGUCCCGGGGGGUCCCGAGGCCGCGGGGGGGGUCUCGGAGGAGCCCGAGGUUUAUUAUUUCCUGGAGGAGAGCACGGGUUACAUGGGCCCGGCCCUGCGGGGGCUGGCGCUGGCCCACACGCUGGUGGCCUUCCUGUGCAUCAUCGGCUACAACUGCCUCAAGGAACUGGGAGGGGCUGUUGUCACCACUGACCCCCUCCCCUUUUCUCCCCUGACCCCCCCCAGAUCCUUCCCCAGCAAUUACUGGGACAAGUUCAUCAAGAGGAAGGUGCUGGAGAAAUACGGGGACAUUUAUGGACGGGAAAGGAUCGCGGAGCUGCUGGGGAUGGACCUGGCCAGCCUGGAAAUGGGGGCCCAGGGGGAGCGCAGACCCCCCCCCGACAGCUCCCUGCUCACCUGGAUCACCUCCAUUGACAUCCGGUACCAGAUCUGGAAAUUUGGGGUGAUUUUCACCGAUAACUCCUUCCUGUACCUCACCUGGUACAUGGCCAUGUCCCUGCUGGGCCACUACAACAAUUUCUUCUUCGCCUCCCACCUGCUGGACAUCGCCAUGGGCGUGAAGACGCUGCGCACCAUCCUGUCCUCGGUGACCCACAACGGGAAACAGGUGUGGGGGGAGCCGUGUCUGAUCAUCGACGCCUUCGGGGAACUGCGGGACCAGCAGGAGCAGGUGAAGGAGGACAUGGAGACAAAAUGUUUUAUCUGCGGCAUUGGGAGCGAUUAUUUCGACACCACGCCCCACGGCUUCGAGACCCACACGCUGGAGGAGCACAACCUGGCCAACUACAUGUUUUUCUUGAUGUAUUUGAUCAACAAGGACGAGACGGAGCACACGGGGCAGGAAUCUUACGUGUGGAAAAUGUACCAGGAACGUUGCUGGGAUUUCUUCCCGGCUGGUGAUUGCUUCCGCAAGCAGUACGAGGAUCAGCUGGGAUGAAGCCCCCAGACCCAAUUCCCCAAAA